AUGGCAUCCACUUUUACCUACGAGUUCAAGUCCAAAGGCUUCACGGGCAAAUCGUCGUUCCCCACUGGCCUCUUCAUCGACGGCAAAUUCCAGAAGAGUGACACAACUCUCGAAGUGCUGAAUCCCGCAAAUGGCCAACUUAUCACCAAGGUCGAUGAAGCUCAUCCCUCCCAUGUCGACCAAGCUGUGAAGGCUGCGAGGAAGGCUUUUGAGACCACUUGGGGUCUGAAUGCCUCCGGAGAGCUGCGCGCCCAGCUACUCAAUAAACUUGGCCAGCUUAUGGAGCGCGAUGCCGACGAGCUAGCUGCUAUCGAGGCUCUUGAUAACGACGCUGGCUGGGCCGACAAGGCACUCACGGGACAGACCAUCGAGACAGAUGAAAAGAAGCUCGCAUACACUCGAUAUGAGCCCCUCGGCGUGCCCUCUGAAUUCACCCCACUCACCGCGUUGAGGAUGUGCAGUCUCAUCAAAGAGGCUGGAUUCCCAGAUGGUGUGGUCAACGUUCUCGUGGGUUUUGGCCCCACCGUCGGAGCAGCCAUCUCAGAGCACAUGAGCAUCGAAAAGGUAGCAUUUACCGGCUCAACUCUCGUCGGUCGCAAGGUCAUGGCUGCUGCUGCCAACUCAAACCUCAAGAACGUUACACUCGAACUCGGCGGCAAGAGCCCGAACAUCAUCUUCGAUGACGCAGAUUUGGACCAGGCCGUCUCAUGGGCAGCUCAUGGCAUCUUCUGGAACCAUGGUCAGGCGUGUUGCGCCGGUUCUCGUAUCUUCGUGCAAGCAGGGAUUUAUGACCAGUUCCUGGCCGCAUUCACCGAGAAGGCCAAGGCAAUCACUGUGGGCGAUCCAUUUGACGAAAAGGUCGACCAAGGGCCGCAAGUCAGCCAGCAACAAUUUGAUCGUAUCAUGGGGUAUAUUGACUCUGGCAAAGCCGACGGGGCUACAGUCCAUCUUGGUGGUGGCCGUGUUGGAAAGGAAGGGUACUUUAUCGAGCCAACAAUCUUCACGGACACCAACUCGCAGAUGAAGAUUGUUCAGGAGGAGAUAUUCGGGCCAGUAGGGGUUAUUAUCAAAUUCACGGAUGAGCAAGAUGUUAUCCGGCAAGCCAAUGACACUCUAUAUGGUCUUGCUGCUGCGGUCUUCUCACAAAACAUCAAUCGCGCGAUCGAAACAGCGCACAAACUUCAAGCGGGAACAGCUUGGGUGAACUGUGUCAAUCAACUCCAUGUUCAAGUCCCGUUCGGUGGAUACAAACAGAGUGGUAUCGGAAGGGAACUUGGAGAGCACGCACUGGCGAAUUACGUCGCAGUCAAAAGUGUCCACGUGGGUCCUAUUUCUUGUUUGCUCUGGGUCACUGCUAUAAUAUACCUUCCAGAUCAACCUUGGGCAUCAACGCCAUCCCAAACGAGCCUUCCCACGAUACUGGACCAGUUCUCUCGAUACUCUGGUCGCGUUCUGCCUUAUGCGCUUCCCUAUGAAUCACGCCCACCAAAAGAGCGUCGAGCUCGGUUAGAGACGGGCGAGGGUAUUGUACUCGUCGCUCACUGCGUGCGAAACCAGAAUGGGGACCAUCAAGUAACUGUUUCGUCCGGCUUUGCGCUGGACACGCCGAAUCCUGACGGGGCCACUGUCGUUACUUGUGCUCAUACUUUGGAAGAGCUCCGUCGUUCAACUCUUUUAGCCAACGGCAAACUUGAUUCGGGCUCUUUUGUCGUCUCUGCAGGCCCUUCUGGGGAAAUGCUUGUAUCGCCCGUCUCAGCCAUAUUGGCUGCUCUCCCGCAGUCCGACUUGCUCUUGCUCCAAACUCCGGUUGAGCUCAAAACACUGCCUGUCUCGCCGUAUCCUGCACCGCGUGACAUUUCGGUGUUGACGCACUUUGUCUCCCACUCUCCUUCGACUGGAGAUGACUGGACCCCUUGGAUCGGAGGCUCUUGGAGGAAAUGCUCUCGGGGGAAGGUUGUCUCGUAUCGUGAUUUUGCUGGUCGGGAAACCGAGCCUGGGACGUAUGAUUCGCUAGCGAAUAUGUUUGUUUCGACGCUCCCAACGUCUGGGUCGAGUGGUGGACCGAUUGUAGACGAGGAAACGGGGGCUGUGGUAGGGGUGAUUCUCGGGACGCGGAUGGAUAGUAGAGUCGAGGGAGUCAGAGGCUGGGGCACACCUUCAGAAGCAAUUUUUGAGAUGUUUAGUCUCCCACUACAAGCAGCGUAUAGUGAUAGAUAA